UUAAAAUCAAACUCUGCUAAUUUCCAUUUUUUUUGUUUCCUAUAUAUUUCCAAGUAUUAAGUAUUAGAAGUAAAUAUUAUUUUUAUUUUUCUACAACAUUUUUAUUAAUUUUAUUUCCAUAAAUCUAAAUUUCCCAUACCAUUUUUGCUAUUACUUCUACAAAUUAUUAUUACAACUACUGGUAUAAGGUAUUUUCAGACAAUAUUUUAUCUCUCCUCAUCUGGAUUAGAGAAAGUGCAGUAUGUUGCUACUUUUUUUCGCCAUUAAAGUAAGCUUGAAGCUCUUUUAGUAAGAUCCCACAAAGAGAUCUCUUUCUUUAUGCUCAAAGUGGAUCAAGGAUAGGUAUCUGUAAAUGACGUCAAAGUCAUUCAAGCAAAGUCGUUCGAAUGUAUCAUCGAGCACAGAUGCAUCUGAGUUGCAGCAACUCAGACCUCCCCUUCCCCCAACUGUAUCUUUUGCGCGUCGUACGUCCUCUGGUCGCUAUAACAACUAUUCGAGGGAUGAUCUCGAUAGUGAACUUUCAAAUUCAGAAUAUGCAAACUAUACAGUGCAAAUACCUCAGACACCUGAUAACCAGCCGAUGGUGGACCCCACAAUAUCACAGAGGGUUGAGGAGCAAUAUGUUUCCAACUCUCUUUUCACUGGAGGGUUUAAUAGUGUAACAAGAGCUCAUCUUAUGGACAAGGUUUUUGAUUCUGAAGCUAGCCAUCCCCAAAUGGCUGGUGCCAAAGGAUCCUCGUGUGCGGUUCCUGGAUGUGAUGGCAAUGUGAUGAGUGAUGGGAGGGGAAGUGAUAUUCUUCCUUGUGAGUGUGAUUUCAAGAUCUGUCGUGACUGUUAUGUCGAUGCAGUACAGUCUGGGGCAAUUUGCCCCGGCUGUAAGGAGCCUUACAAGAAUACUGAGUUGGAUGAAGCAACGGGUGAAAGACCUCUUCCACUUCUAGCUCAAGGUGGGAUGUCGAAGAAUGAGAGGAGAUUAUCAUUGAUGAAAUCGACGAAGUCGGUACUAAUGAGAAGUCAGACUGGCGAUUUUGAUCAUAGUCGCUGGUUAUUUGAAACAAAGGGGACUUACGGGUAUGGUAAUGCUAUUUGGCCGAAGGAGGGGGGUCCCACUGAUGGUAAUGAUAACAACGGGGCUGUGCAUGAUCCUCAAGAGUUGAUGAACAAACCAUGGAGGCCGCUUACUCGGAAAUUGAAGAUUCCUGCUGCUGUACUCAGUCCUUAUAGGUUGCUCAUAUUUGUGAGAAUGGUUGUUCUGGGCUUCUUCCUUGUCUGGAGAGUCAAACAUAAAAAUGAAGAUGCAAUGUGGCUGUGGGGAAUGUCUGUGGUUUGUGAGAUUUGGUUUGCCUUCUCGUGGCUUCUUGAUCAGAUGCCGAAACUCUGCCCUGUUAAUCGUGCAACAGAUCUCAAUGUCCUGAAAGAGAAGUUUGAGAAACCUAGUCUUAACAAUCCUACUGGAAGAUCUGAUCUCCCUGGAAUAGAUGUUUUUGUGUCUACUGCAGAUCCAGAGAAAGAGCCCCCUCUUGUUACUGCCAACACUAUUUUAUCUAUUCUAGCUUCAGAUUACCCUGUCGAAAAGCUUUCUUGCUAUGUUUCUGAUGAUGGUGGUGCCCUUCUUACCUUUGAGGCCAUGGCUGAGGCUGCAAGCUUUGCCCAUAUGUGGGUCCCUUUCUGUCGUAAACAUAAUAUUGAACCAAGGAAUCCUGAUUCUUACUUUAAUCUGAAGAGAGAUCCAUACAAGAGUAAAGUCCGUCCGGAUUUUGUAAAGGACCGUAGGCGUGUAAAGCGAGAAUAUGAUGAGUUCAAGGUUCGGAUAAACGGGUUGCCUGAGUCUAUUCGACGACGUUCUGAUGCUUACCACGCCAGGGAGGAAAUAAAAGCUCUAAAACUUCAGAGACAAAAUAAAAGUGAUGAACCUUUCGAGGUUGUUAAAAUUCCAAAAGCAACUUGGAUGGCUGAUGGAACUCAUUGGCCUGGUACAUGGAAUCACCCUUCUCCUGAACACUCUAAGGGAGACCAUGCUGGAAUCAUACAGGUUAUGCUCAAGCCUCCUAGUGAAGAACCACUUUUUGGUACUGGGCCCACUGAUGAAGAGCCCAGGCUUCUCGACCAGACAGAUGUUGACAUUCGGCUCCCUCUGCUGGUUUAUGUGUCGCGUGAGAAGCGUCCUGGCUAUGAUCAUAAUAAGAAGGCUGGAGCCAUGAAUGCUUUGGUAAGAGCAUCUGCAAUCAUGUCCAAUGGUCCCUUCAUCCUCAACCUGGACUGUGAUCAUUAUAUUUAUAACUCCGAAGCAAUGAGAGAGGGCAUGUGUUUCAUGAUGGACCGUGGUGGAGAUCGCAUAUGUUAUGUCCAAUUCCCUCAAAGGUUUGAGGGUAUUGAUCCUUCUGAUCGGUAUGCCAACAAUAACACUGUUUUCUUUGACGUGAAUAUGCGCGCCCUUGAUGGGCUUCAAGGGCCAGUUUAUGUCGGAACUGGUUGUCUUUUCCGAAGGAUGGCCCUUUAUGGCUUUGAUCCCCCUCGCUCUAAAGACCGUGCUCCAAGUGUUUGGGAUUGCUGCUUCCCACGCCGCAAGAAGCUUGCAGCAGCUGAAGAGAACAGAGCUCUGAGAAUGGGUGACUCAGAUGAUGAAGAAAUGCCUCUUGCCACAUUCCCCAAGAAAUUUGGCAACUCUAGGUUCCUCAUUGAUUCGAUCCCCGUGGCAGAGUUUCAAGGGCGUCCGUUAGCUGACCAUCCAGCUGUCAAGAAUGGAAGGCCACCUGGUGCUCUCACAAUCGGUCGAGAGUUGCUUGAUGCGUCCACAGUUGCCGAGGCAAUCAAUACUAUCUCUUGCUGGUAUGAGGACAAGACCGAAUGGGGGGAGCGUGUCGGUUGGAUUUAUGGUUCUGUUACAGAGGAUGUGGUUACUGGGUAUAGGAUGCACAACCGAGGUUGGAAGUCUAUAUACUGUGUCACAAAACGUGAUGCUUUUCGUGGUACAGCUCCAAUUAAUCUCACAGAUAGGCUCCAUCAGGUUCUCCGGUGGGCCACCGGUUCAGUUGAAAUUUUCUUCUCCCGCAAUAACGCCCUACUUGCCAGCCCGAAAAUGAAGAUUCUACAAAGGAUUGCAUACCUGAAUGUGGGUAUCUAUCCUUUCACGUCUAUCUUCCUUAUCGUAUACUGCUUCCUACCUGCACUCUCUCUCUUCUCUGGGCAGUUCAUUGUACAAACCCUCGAUGUCACUUUCCUUACCUAUCUAUUGACCAUCACGGUAACUCUUUGUUUGCUUGCUGUGCUUGAGAUUAAAUGGUCUGGCAUUGCAUUAGAGGAAUGGUGGCGAAAUGAACAGUUUUGGUUAAUUGGAGGGACAAGUGCACAUCUUGCAGCAGUGCUACAAGGCUUGCUGAAAGUCAUAGCUGGAAUUGAAAUCUCUUUUACCCUGACUUCUAAAUCCGGUGCUGAUGAGGAUGAUGAGUUUGCGGACCUUUACAUAGUCAAGUGGACAUCUUUGAUGAUUCCUCCUAUUCUGAUCAUGAUGCUUAAUUUGAUAGCAAUAGCAGUUGGGUUUAGUCGUACAAUAUACAGUACGAUACCUGAGUGGAGUAAGCUUAUUGGCGGGGUUUUCUUCAGCUUCUGGGUCUUGGCACAUCUGUACCCGUUCGCUAAAGGUCUGAUGGGAAGAAGAGGUAAGACACCGACCAUUGUUUUUGUGUGGUCGGGACUUCUUGCGAUUACAAUAUCACUGCUCUGGGUGGCUAUCAAACCUCCUUCAGAUACUGACCAAAUUGGGGGAUCAUUUCAAUUUCCUUGAAAGGUAAACUUUUCAGCUAGAAAAUAUUUUAUUUUCUUGCAAAUUCUUUGUUAAUGCUCUGGUUAAGAGUUAGUUUCUUAUGUUGCCGAGCAAUGUUACUAAGGUUCAUCAGAGAAAUAGGUUGGGAGCAAGACCCCAUCCCCAAAUAUUUGUUCAUUUUUGUAUGAUUUAGAACAUUUUCGAGGAUGAUUUGAUUGCAUACUUUGUGAAGUAACAUAUUUUAACUUA